CCACUUCCCCUCCCCUCUCCACCUUCCCCUCCCCUCCCUUUCCCAUUCAACCGCCCGGCUGGCAGAGGGACGGCAGGAGACGUCCGAAGACGAGGUCUGCGUCGCAGAGGAAUAUGCCGCUGCUGAGAAACAAGACUCCAAAAUAUGACGACUCAACCUUUUAACAGAUGACGUGUACCAUGCCACUCCGCCGCAGCCGCAGACGCCGACGCUCUCUCGACCGCCGCUGCCCGCUCCGGUGCCCCGUCGAAGACUCCUCGCUCUCAGAUCCGGAAAGAUGGCCGCCUCCGCCGCCUCCUCCGCCGGCGCCUCCGCCGCCGCCGCGCGCGCCUCCCUGGCGCUGCUGCUGCUGCUCGGCGCACUGGGCUGGGCCGCGGGCAAGACGCUCGGCAGCCCCGCUGACAAGGAGCGCCUGCUCUCGGAGCUCGACCAGCUGGUGGACGACGAUGGUAGCGUCGAGACCGCGCUCAUCAACUACCUCUUCGCCAAGCAAGUGGUGAACCGGCUGCGCAGCCAGAUGGACGUCAGCGACCUGCAGCGCAAGCGCAGCUACUGGAAGCAGUGCGCCUUCAACGCCGUCUCCUGCUUCGGCAAGUAGGGCGGCCGCCGCGCCCUCCCCUCCGCCCUCCGCCGGGGAGACCCUCCCCCCCGUCACCCCCUCCCCAUCCUCCUAGUGCUCCCCACCCGCGCCCUCUCGCGUCCUCCGCCGGCGAAUCGAGUCACCAGCUCUGAUUCGAGCGCUGUCUUGCGACAGCUCACUUUCCGGAAUUAAUGAACCAACAAAUUUUGCUGUUGAUUGGAUAGCACAUUGGCGAUCCGCCCCCCUCCAACGCUACCUCACCAAUCGGUUGCUUCGUUUUGGAAGAGGCGGGGGAAAGUUCAGUGCGAGCUCGUUCUUUCGUUUUAUUAACGCGUCCGUUUCUAGCGCGGACGGAAUCGCACGUGGCCUAAAAGAUAAGCGGCGAAGGAAGGCGGAGACUCGUUGCUGCCCGCCUGCCUCCUCUCGAUCCGAAGAGACGCGGGCAGAAAGCGCCGAGGGUUGCCUCCCACCCUCCCACCUCAUCCCCACGCAACCCCCAGACACCUCACACCGCUCGCGUGACUGUCGCCUCGGCACCUCCCCACCCCGUAGGUUCAUGUGUCGGAACCCCUUCUGCGGAGACUCCAUGACAUAAUUUCAGUGUUUCGAAGAUUGUUGUUGAAACAAUUAUUGUACGUAAAUAUAUGACUCCUGUAUUCUAUAUGUACAUUUAUUUAUAAUUUUAAUUCUUUAUCCUGUCUGUAUAAAUAAUACUGCUUUAAGAGAAUUUUCAACAUAUCAUGUUGACGUAUAAAAUAUCAUUUCAAAAUAUGUUUUGAAUCUUAACUAUGCUCCCAGUCAGUGAAAUUGUGCUUUUCCACAUCAUGUGUCUACUUUCUGACCUUACUUUAAUUAAAAAAUGUACUAUUUUUUGUUCUGUCCAGCAAAAUGAAAUAAAAAUAUACUUAUCAAUGAGUGGGCCCACUCACAAUUAGGAUUUUAUUUACAUUCCUGCUAUAAUAAUUUUCAUAUUUCUUAAACAAUUUUAAGUAGUAUGUGAAUGGAGAAGAUGAUUUCCUGACUUUGAAGCAUAAGAGACUUGCACUUUUCUGUGAAAUGCAUAAGUUAAUUGUGCAUUAUUCAUUCCUUCAAAAAUGUGACUUUUAUUUAAUGAGCAAUGACGUUUAAUUUAUUUAUAAUAGUUUGUAAUAAAUAUUACUAUGCUUGGAAUUAAGUGAUGGAUAUGAUCAUCUGAAUAAAGUACAGUAUUUUACAAGAUGCAAAUCUUUCUUUUGUUAAA